AUGGAGGUCGGCACUUCAGCAUCUUCGGCUCAAGAAUCGAACCUGCAACCCUCAUCGAAUGGUGCUGUAGCCCCAGAAGUGGCUUCCGCCACACGCUCGCUACGCGCCAGACCGUCGUCAAUCGACGUCCCGACUCCUGGGUCAUCCACUGCGCCUGGAGCUGGGCGAGGCUUGUCCAAGAAGAACCUCGAUGUCAUUAAUCGAAGCCUGGACUCGACAUCUGUUGAGGCUCGUCGUGAGCAACGCAUUCAGGAGAAGGAGGCAGAAUUGAAAGAUGUCGUCGAGGAGCAUGACUCGGCCAUCCGGGAGAAAUUCCACCUGGAAAGAUUCGUGACUUUGCUUGAAGGUUGGAAUCCGGAGCAAGCAAAGCUAGAUAACUCUCAGUGGAAAGAAUCAAAACACAAUCUCCUGAGCCUCCUUCCUUCCCAACCCGCUAUAAACGGAGCUCCCCGAGCUGGGCCAUCGUGUCCGCGUACUUCCCUUCCGGCUCGAACAACGCGUCGGAAGGCGCAUGAACAGUCUGAAAUACUGGCCAACGUCGUAACACCCGCACCUGUCGCUGUAACGCCGUCAGCCAAAGGCAAGGAGAAAGCGGUGGAACCCAAGACUGGUGAAUCGUCUCCGGUCAAAGCGGGAAGGACAGGGAGGGGCAAAGCAGUCAACCCCAAUGGUGAUAUGCCACCCCCGCCUCUCCCGAAAGGACGAAGAGCCGGCAGGCGCGUAACCAUGGGUGCUAGCGUCGAACCCGAGCCCGAGGAAGACGUAGAGGUCGAAGAACCGGUGUCUAAUAAAGGGAAACGAAGGGGACGAAUGUCGCUUCCAGAUCUUCCUGCGGCGAAGAAAUUGAAAAGUGGGAGGAAUGGAAUACCGGCCAACGAAAGUGCUUCGCCUGCUGUCGAAACCCCGACAUCAGAAAGACCUUCACCCUCUCCAUUCACACCGGCACUCCCCUCGCUUGCACAUCUACCCUUUCCGCCUCCCCCUCAACGCCCGCGUAAACGUCUAGUCGGACCACGCAAGGUUCAGUAUACCGAGCCAAGCCAAAUCCCACCACCCCCUCAACAUGAUGGCGAUAUCUCCCAGAUCCUCAAUUCUUACAUCCAUAUCAACGAUACUGGUGCUCAACCUGAUCUCAAAUCUCUAGAGUCUCGAGCCAAGAAGGAUGGCUAUUUGCUUGCCCGCGUCACCUACUUGCAACGUCAUGGGCGCCUGCAGCGGCUUCUAGACGAAGGAGUAGUUUCCGGCCCGUCCGCAUCUCACGCCAAAAUCAUUCGUGCUCCAGCCCGCCAGACAGAUCAUCACGAUACACUCUUGGCGCACAUGGUGCAAGUCCGGAACGCCAUCCUGAACGAAGCGAAGGCAAAACCGGUGGUCUGCAAAAAGAUCGCAAAAAUGGUCCAAACGUACUGGGAAAGGAUUGAAGGAAGAGAAGAGCGAGAGAGGCUGGCAGAGGAAAAGGAGCGCAAACGGUUAAUGAAGGAGACGAUGAAGGGUUUGAGAAAACGGUGGGCGCUUGCUGUCAAGAUUAUCCGCGCCAAAUUUCUUGAAGAGCAGAAGCAGGAGCAAGAUCGUUUGGGCAAGGUUCACCUGCAGAAUAUACUACAACGAAGUACUGGGUUGCUCGAGUCUCAAGUCCGAGGGCCGGAAAACGAAGUGUCCGAUGAAUCAGAAGAGGAAUCAGACGCUACGGAUGACGUAUCUGCGGCCGAGGACAGUGAAGAGGAUGAGGACGGAGAACGCUCAGACCCCGAAUCAUCAAUGCCCCCCACAUCUAUUCCUCCUGAAUCCGAAAUGGCCGACCAGUCUGGAGAUGAUGGAGAAGAUCAAGAAGAGGAAGACGACAUGGAUACGGAAGUCGCUUCCGAAGGGCACUUGCAUCUCCUUGUGUCUGAGGACGCAAUGACCGCCGAUGAUGCUGUCGACGCUCUGGUAGACCACAGCGAAGAAAUGACAGUGCCAUCUUCGCUGGGCGCCGGCCAAGACCGAACAGAGUCGAUUGCGUUCCAGUCGCCCAACGGCGGCCCCACCACCGCGGACGAUGCCCCCGCAGUGAAUGGUCGUUCGUCCUCCGCGUCCCCAUCUGUCACUCGCCGCCCUUCGCGUCGUGUCAGGAAGAGUGUUCUGCCCCUUCCGUCGGACCCUGAUCCUGACGCUAAUGAUGUCGAAUUCAACGUGUCUACAAGCGACAUUGACGAUCAAGAUGCUGAGCUUGAUGUGGAGAUGGAAGACGGCGACGAUGUUGAUCGGAAUCAAGGACCAGAUAGCGAAGACGAAGGGUUGUUGGCGGACGCAGAUAUCCCCAUUGAGGAGCUGUUGAAGAGGUAUGGGUACCCCGCGCCUGCUGCGGCACAGGCCGAACAGGAAACAGCUUCUGAGCCGAGCAAGGAUGAUGUGGAGAACACAACUGGCGAGCCGAAAGCUGAAACCCAGGUAUCCCAAGAAGCGCCGAAUGGGACCGAGCCUUCUGAGUCAACCAGCCUAGGUGAAACACACGACGGCACCGCUAGCACUCCCACUCAAGUCGAACAAGCGGACAGAGACCAGUCCCUGACCGACGCUACGCUUCCUGCCUCGCUCGACCAAACGACGUUCGAAAGUAAGCGACAGCGUCGCAAACGGGAACUCUGGUCCCCAGAUGACGUGGGCCCUCAGCGGCUGUUGAGUGGAAAGAGGAAGAAGGUUGAAUUCAUCACCGAAGAUGGGACGAUCUCGACGGAAAGACUUGCAGAAGAUGUUCCGGAAGCUGUUGCCGGUGAAGGUUCGGAGGAAGAAAGCGAAGAAGAAAGUGAGGAAGAAAGUGAGGAAGAAAGUGAGGAAGAAAGUGAAGAAGACAGUGAGGAAGAUGAGGAAGAGGAAGAGCCAAAGGAGCCCGAAAUCAAUGAGCACGGCGCUGCUCGGAUCACGCCUCCUUUCCUGCUCAGAGGCACCCUUCGCCCGUAUCAGCAGGCGGGCCUCGAGUGGCUGGCGAGCUUGUGGGAGAACGGCAUGAACGGUAUCCUUGCAGAUGAGAUGGGUUUGGGUAAAACCAUCCAGACGAUUGCCCUGCUGGGUCACCUUGCCUGCUCCAAAGGUGUUUGGGGCCAGCAUCUCAUCAUCGUACCUACAUCCGUCAUCCUCAAUUGGGAGAUGGAGUUCAAGAAGUUCCUGCCCGGUCUCAAGGUUCUGACUUACUACGGAAAUCAGAAGGAACGUAAAGAGAAACGUGUCGGCUGGAAUACAGAAAAUGCCUGGCAGGUCUGCAUCACCUCGUAUCAGAUCGUUCUCGCAGACCAGCAUAUCUUCCGCAGAAAAAGCUGGUGUUACAUGAUCCUCGAUGAAGCCCAUAACAUCAAGAAUUUCAGAAGUCAGAGAUGGCAAACACUGUUGGGCUUCAAGGCCAAAAAGAGGCUUCUUUUGACGGGUACACCACUCCAAAACAACCUCAUGGAGCUCUGGAGUCUGCUCUACUUUUUGAUGCCCGGAGGUAUCGGUGAAGAUGCUACCUCUGUGGUUGGAUUUGCCAACCACAAAGACUUUAUGGAAUGGUUCUCAAACCCUAUGGACAAGGCCAUUGAGACUGGAGAAGCCAUGGAUGAAGAGACUCUCAAGACCGUCGCCAAACUACACACUCUCCUCAGACCCUUCAUUCUCCGUCGACUAAAGUCUGAAGUCGAGACUCAGCUUCCUGGCAAGUUUGAGCAUGUCGUCUAUUGCCGCUUGUCCAAACGCCAACGGUUCCUCUAUGACGAGUUUAUGGCUCGAGCUUCUACCCGCGAGGCUCUCACCAGUGGAGGAUACCUGGGUGUCAUGAACACACUCAUGCAAUUGAGAAAGGUCUGCAACCAUCCCGACCUCUUUGAGGUACGACCGGUGAGGACCAGUUUUGCCAUGGAGAGCGUCGUCAAAGGCUAUGAGCCAAGCGAUAUCCUUCUGAGGAAGAGGCUCUUAAAGGAAGAGGAUGACCGCAGGGUGGAUGUGCUCGCUCUUGGUUUCAAUGUUACCCAUCGUGAGGACACGUCGCCUUGGGUAGCACAGACCCGCCAAAAGCUGGACGCUUCCGAUCUUUUGCCUUAUGCUAUCACUCCUGUCAAACAUGGCAAGCCUUCCAUACCUCCGGUUAAGGACACACGGACUGUGGAAGGCUGGCUUAAGUAUCAAGCUUGGAUCAAGGGAGAGGCAAGCCAGAAACGAUGGGAGAGCAUCAGACAUAUCAACCGUCAAAGGUGUGCCGAGAAGCCACUGUAUGGCAACACAUUCCUCCAAAUGCUCGGCAACCUGCCCAAUUUCUUGAUUCCUUCCGAGUACCGCAUUCGACGGGAAGACACUUUUGCAGAUCUGACCCCUCCUGCUGCCAAUCUCAUCACAUCCCUCCCUCAACGAGCCGAGGCCCUUGAGCCCAUCAUUGACCGAUUUGCCGUCAUUCCUCCGAAUGCCGUUGCGCGCGACCUCACUACCUACGCCCUGCCCGGUAUCGAGCCCAUCUCCCACCCUUCACUCACCGACCCGUCGUUCGACACACUCCAUCGCUCAACCGUAAAACUCCAGAUUGCAUUCCCGGAUGCUAGUCUGCUGCAAUUUGAUUGCGGCAAACUGCAAAAGCUCUGGGAGAUGCUACGCGAUCUCAAAGCUGGCGGACACCGGGUAUUGAUUUUCACUCAGAUGACUCGAGUCCUGGACAUUCUCGAAAUGUUCCUCUCGUAUAACGGCCACAGAUAUCUUCGUCUUGACGGCAGCACCAAGAUCGAAGAUCGACAAGUGCUGACCGAAAGGUUCAACACGGACCCCCGAGUAUUCGUCUUUAUCGCCUCCAGUCGAUCAGGUGGUGUCGGUAUCAACCUCACGGGUGCCGACACUGUCUUUUUCUACGACUCUGACUGGAAUCCUUCGAUGGACAGACAGUGUAUGGACCGUGCGCAUCGUAUCGGUCAGACACGACAAGUACACAUCUACCGCUUUGUCAGCAGCCACACGGUCGAAGAGAACAUGCUCCGGAAAGCCGAGCAAAAGCGAUUGUUGGACAAAAUGGUCAUCCAAGAAGGCGGCUUCAACAAUGAUUGGUGGGGCAAGGUUGGGUGGAAGGAUAUGUUUGGCGAGGUGCCGGGAGUUGCGAAUGCGUCGACUGGCGCCGAGCCGACCGAGGAGAGCGGGAUUGUCGACAUUGACGUCGAAGGAACGCCCACUGCGGAGGACGUUGAGCAUACCCGUCCCCGGGUCGGCGAAGAGCGCGAUCUAGCCAAGGCGCUGGCAGAGGUGGAAGAUGAAGAAGAUGUCGAGGCGGCGAGGAUGGCGCAAGGCGAGGGCGAGCUCGAUCUGCAGGAAUUCGAGGAGGGUCCGAAGGGAACUGUUAAGAAGGUGAGGGUGUUUGAAGCCGAGAAAAGAGAGACGCCUGUGGCUGUGGAAGCAGAUGGAGGGGAGGGCAUGGAAGAAGAGGAAGAAUUCGAGGAUGAGCCGGAGGGUGUUGAGACAUACAUGCUGAAGUGGGUGGCCGAGGAUUGGGACUUUUUCAUCUCGUAUAGGGCGUAG